CUCUGGCGGGAAAUAUUUCCUUAUUUCGUUAUUACAAAAAUAGAAAGAGGCCUAUCUUGUAAUAAUCUUUGGGCAGAAUAGUGGGUGCCGACAGAAGAAACAAAAAAAUGUGGGUCAGUCGGUUGCAGAAAGAACGGGACUUUAUCCGUUUGUGCGCCGCGUAUAUCAGAUAGUGGACGAUCCAUCAACGGAUUCAAUCAUCUCGUGGAGCCAAAGCGGCAAGAGUUUCAUCAUUUGGGAUCCAGCUGAGUUUUCCAGAGAUCUUUUAAAGAAAUCCUUUGAUAUCCACACCGAUCUCUCGCGUUUCAUGGCCCGGCUUAAGAUUUAUGAAAGUUGA